GAAAAUUUGGAACAGUUUACAAAGCCAAUUAUCUUAAUACGAAUAAAUGUAUAGUAAUUAAGAAAAUAUCAGUGGAGCAACAAGCGGAUAAGCUGGCAAUGUUAUGUGAAGAUGUUUUAAAAUUUCGACAAUUUAAACAUACAAAUAUACAUAGCAUUCUUCACUGCUUUGUUUAUAAUAGUUAUGUGUACAUGGUGUUUCCAUUUAUGUGUUUUGGAAACUGUCAAACAAUACUUGAAAAUGUCUUCACUUCUGGAUUUCCGGAAAUUUUAAUAGCACUGAUAUUUAGAGAUAUAAUGUGUGCUCUGAUGUAUAUACACUCUCACCACUUCGUUCAUGGAUCCUUAAGAGCUAAAAAUAUACUAUUAGAUCACAAGAAAGCCGUUUUAUCAAAUUUUCGGGAUUCGCGGUCUUUUAUUAACGAAGGUAAAAGAGCUAAAGUUUUACAUGGAUCAACGGCGGGAAGGAAAGAAAAUUUGAACUGGUCAGCGCCAGAGAUAUUAUAUCAAAAUUUAUAUGGAUACACAGAAAAGAGUGACCUAUAUUCUAUUGGAAUAACUUCUUUUGAAAUGGCAAAUGGCUUUCAACCAUUUAUGGAUUCGGAACUAACUUUAAUGUGCACAGAAAAAAUUCGUGGAAAUCUGCCUUCAUUAUCAGAUAGAUCCAGUCAAGGAUCAACUUCAGUUAAUUUUUCUCGAGAUCCAGUCCAUAGUGCAAUGAACAACCAACGAACUUUUUCAGAUGACUUUCACCAGUACAUUGAAAUUUGCCUAAAUAAAAAUCCAACGUGUCGCUGGAGUGCACAGAAAUUGAUGACACAUUCGUUUUUUAAGCAGUGUCGGAAUUCCUCUAUCUCAGAUCAAGUCAAAGUGUUGAGCGUCGAAUUUCAGAGAUGUAGUUAUAUUACAGACGAACCAGUGCUUGCAGCUGAUGCCAAUUUGAAUCAUUCGGAAGAUGUAAAAUGGAGUUUUUAAUUGAUUUAAAACCAAUAUUAUAAAUAUGCAAAUGGUUGAAUGGUUACUAAACUAUAAAUCGUAAUGCCAGUUUUUUUGUUAAUAAUAAAUAAAAUGUCAUGCGUCA